AUGUUUUUCGAUGAAGCAAAGAACUUCAAAGGAGUCGGAAUUGGAGCAGUCCUAGUUUCAGAAAUAGGUCAACACUACCCAAUCUCGACGAAGAUUAGGUUUCCUUGCACGAAUAACAUGGCAAAAUACGAGGCUUGCAUUCUCGGGCUUAGGAUGGCAGCAGACAUGGACAUUAAAGAGUUAUUGGUGAUAGGAGAUUCAGACUUAUUGAUCCAUCAGGUGCAAGGAGAAUGGACCACCAAAAAUGUCAAAAUCUUUCCUUAUGUGCAAUGUGUUAAGGAAUUGAGCAAAAGGUUUACGAAGAUUGAAUUCAAGCAUGUCCUUCAAAUUCAAAAUGAGUUCGUCGAUGCCUUGGAGACACUAUCUUCAAUGAUUCAACAUCCAGAUAAGAAUUACAUCGAUCUCAUCAAAGUGGAGAUACACAGCCAACAAGUAUACUAUUUCUAUGUAGAUGAAGAGCCAGAUGGAAAACCAUGGUAUUACGACAUUAAGAGGUUACUCAGAGUGGGAGAAUAUCCAGAAGGCGCUACUGAGGCCACAAGAUUAUUAGAGGAGAUACAUGCAGAAACCUGUGGACCCCACAUGAACGAUUUCAUGCUUGCGAAGAAGAUUUUGAGAGCUGGAUACUUUUGGAUGACUAUGAAGAGGGAUAACAUCCAAUUCGUGCAGAAGUGUCACCAAUGUCAAGUUCAUGGAGACUUUAUACGAGUUCCACCAAAUAAACUCAAUGUGAUGGGUUCUCCUUGGCCAUUUGCUGCUUGGGGAAUGGAUGUUAUUGGGACCAUAGAUCCUCCUGCGUCUAAUGGACACCAUUUUAUCUGGGGCGCUAUCAAUUACUUUGUAAACUCAAUCAUAACAGAUAAUGGAGCCAAUCUUAAUAGCAACCAGAUGAGAGAGAUUUGCGAAAGGUUUAAGAUAUCUCAUCAAAAUUCCACGGCUUAUCGACCACAAAUGGAUAGAGCGGUUAAAGCUGCAAACAAAAAUAUCAAGAGGAUCUUGAGGAAAAUAGUGGACGGUAAUAGAAAAUGGCAUGAAAAGUUGCCAUAUGCUUUACUUGGAUAUCGCACCACAAUCAGAACUUCUACUGGGGCAACUUUCUAUAUGUUGGUUUAUGGGUCGAAAGCAGUGAUACCUGCGAAAGUAGAGAUUCCUUCAUUAAGAGUCAUUCAGGAGGUUGAUCUAGACGACGCUGAACGGAUUUGUAGUAGAAUCGAGCAGUUGAUGCUCAUUGACGAGAAGAGAUUGGAUGCAGUCUAUCAUGGUCAUCUCUAUCAAAAUAGAAUGAUCAAGGCAUUCAACAAGAAAGUUAAGCCUCGUCGAUUCACACCGGGAGAGUUAGUAUUGAAGAAUCCCUCACCAAGAUGA